UUUUCCAUCAUCUCAGAUCCAAAUGGUCACUCGAGCGGACGGUCGCAUGCCAAACCAGCUGCGCGAGCUCUCGAUUGAGCAUGCUGUGCUUUCGCGUGCAGAUGGCUCAUCGCGCUUCUCACAACGCGACACGAGCGCGCUGACUGCCGUGUAUGGCCCCGCCGAGGUCAAGUCGAGCAAGGAGCUCCUCGACAAGGCGACUGUGCAGACCGUGUUCCGGCCGAAGACUGGCCUCGCUGGCGUCGACGACCACGUCUGUGAGGCAAUCCUGCGACAGGCGCUCGAGCCAGUCAUCCAGCGCACAGCAAACCCGCGCACAAGCAUCACUGUCAUUGUCCAAGUCAUGCACGACGACGGCGCACUGCUGGCGUGUGCGCUGAACUCGGCGUCGAUGGCGCUGAUCGAUGCUGGCGUGCCGAUGAGCGCAGUGCUCGCCGCGGUAACGUGUGCUUGGCUGCCCGCUGCGGAUGGCAGUUCAGAGCGGCGGCUGCUCCUCGAUCCGACACUGGAAGAGCAAACGGCUGCCACGAGCAUCGCGACGUUUGCGUUCGAAAGCACCAACCAAGAAAUUGUAUUUUCAUCGACAGAGGGCCAACUCACUGUGGACGAGUACUUUUACACAAUUGAAAUGGCACAGAAGGCGGCAGCCAACGUACUAGCCUUUAUGCGAUUAUCGCUCGAGCGCAAGUUUUCAAAAUCAGUGUAGUACCAAUUGUUCAAAAAACAAUAAUAAUAUCUUAACAACAA